UUUGGGAAGGGGACCCUCCCAAACUGUUCCAGGGGUUAUUCUCAGCUGUCCAUCACCCUCAGAAUCUUUGGGAAGGGGGCUCCCCAAACUGCUCCAGGGGUUAUUCCCGGUUUUCCAUCCCUUCAGAACCUGCGCUGGCGCGACUCCAGCCGCUUCAUCUGGACCGAAGGCCUCCAGACCCUCUUCGUUUUCCAGAGGCUGGCGGCCGUGCUCUACUGCUACUUCUACAAGCGGACAGCCGUGCACCUGGGAGACCCCCUCUUCUACCAGGAUUCCCUCUGGCUCCGCCAGGAAUUUGCCCACUUCCGUGGCUGAUGGAUCCCUGGCAUCCCCUGGAGUCUCCCUGCGCUCCGUGGGAUCAGUCCCGCCUUGUCCUUCCUCCUCUGCCUCCUGGACGCUGGGAGUCAGUGGGAGGCUUGUGGGGUGUCCCUGCAGGAAUGUCCAUCCUGGCACCACGGCCUCGGUUGGGGCUGGAAUAUUUUUGGGAACUGUAAAGGAAUAAAUGGGAUGUGUUUUCCAGCGGC